UAGUGUGUUUAAAGUACACCCAACCAAAUAUCAGAGCCUUUGCCAUUUAUUCUUCUCCCUUCAGCAGAUAGCUUACACAGUUCUGCGCAGCAUGGAUUCCUUCUUUUUCGUUGCUCUAACCUUUGUGUUGAGCUUCCAUAUUCAUUUUGCUCAAGCAAAUGAACAACCUUCAACCGCCAGCACUUCAAAAACAUAUAUUAUCCAUGUGAAGGGGCCAAAGGGUACGACACUUACUCAAUCAGAAGAUGUAGAAAGCUGGCAUAAUUCAUUCAUGCCACCAACUACUAUGAGCUCAGAGGAUCAACCACGAAUGAUUUAUUCAUACCGGAACGUGAUCAGUGGCUUUGCUGCAACACUCACUGAAGAAGAGCUGAGAGAAGUGGAAAAAAAAGAUGGCUUUAUCUCUGCUCACCCCGAAAGGAUGCUGCGUCGUCAAACUACGCAUACCCCACAAUUUUUGGGGUUGCAGCAACAAACGGGAGUGUGGAAAGAAUCAAACUUUGGAAAGGGAGUAAUUGUUGGGGUGCUGGAUUCUGGAAUCACGCUUAACCAUCCUUCAUUCAGUGAUGCAGGAAUGCCACCACCACCACCCAAAUGGAAAGGGAGAUGCGAGCUUUAUGGGACAGCUUGUAACAACAAACUAAUUGGAGCAAGGUCUUUCAACCUCGCUGCAGAGGCAACGAAAGAAGCAGAGACACCGAUUGAUGAAGAUGGACAUGGGACUCACACGGCGAGCACAGCAGCUGGUGCUUUUGUUGAUAAUGCAGAAGUACUAGGAAAUGCCGAAGGUACAGCAGCAGGGAUUGCCCCUCAUGCUCACCUGGCAAUAUACAAAGUAUGUUUUGGAGAAGACUGCCCAGAGAGUAGUGUAUUGGCUGCAUUGGAUGCAGCUGUGGAAGAUGGCGUGGAUGUAUUAUCAAUAUCCCUUGGCCUAAACGAGCCACCAACCUUUUUCAAUGAUAGCACCGCAAUAGGCACGUUUGCAGCAAUGCAGAAGGGAAUCUUUGUAAGUUGUGCAGCAGGGAACUCUGGUCCCGUUCAUGGCUCCUUAGUUAAUGGAGCCCCUUGGAUCCUCACAGUUGGAGCAAGCAAUAUUGACAGAAGCUUAGUAGCAAGAGUCAAGCUAGGAAAUGGGCAAGAAUUUGAUGGGGAAUCUGUUUUCCAGCCUUCUGACUUUUCUCCAACACCUCUAUUCCUAACAUAUGCGGGAAAGAAUGGCAAACAACAAGCUGCAUUUUGUGCUAAUGGAUCCUUGAAUGAUGCUGAUUUUAGAGGCAAGGUUGUUUUGUGUGAGAGAGGAGGGGGGAUAGGAAGAAUUGCCAAAGGAGAGGAAGUUAAAAGAGCAGGUGGUGCAGCCAUGAUUCUCAUGAAUGAUGAAACAGAUGGUUUCAGUCUCCCAGCUGAUGUGCACGCUCUACCUGCAACACAUGUAAGCUAUGAUGCUGGAGUUAAGAUUAAAGGGUAUAUAAAUUCCACUGCAACACCUACAGCUACCAUUUUAUUCAAGGGAACUGUAAUAGGAAACUCCCUAUCUCCGGCCGUUUCAUCCUUUUCCUCAAGAGGUCCCAACUUGCCCAGUUCUGGUAUUUUGAAACCAGACAUCAUAGGACCAGGCGUCAACAUCCUAGCUGCCUGGCCAUUCCCCCUUAACAACAGUACUGAUUCAAAACCCACUUUCAACAUCAUGUCCGGCACAUCAAUGUCAUGCCCACAUCUCAGUGGCGUAGCCGCUUUGCUCAAAAGCUCUCAUCCUCACUGGUCACCAGCUGCCAUAAAAUCUGCCAUAAUGACUUCUGCAGAUAUACUCAACUUUGAACACGAACUCAUUGUUGAUGAAACAUUUCACACAGCAGAUGUCUUUGCCGCAGGUUCUGGCCACGUGAAUCCAUCAAGAGCAAAUGAACCUGGGUUAGUUUAUGAUAUCACGCCUGAUGAUUAUAUACCUUACCUAUGUGGUUUAGGCUACGGCGAUACAGAGGUUGGGAUCAUUGCACACAGAACAGUUAAGUGCUCUGAGACUUCAAGCAUUCCUGAAGGACAGCUCAACUAUCCUUCGUUUUCUGUUUCGCUUGGUUCCCCAAAAACAUUCACAAGGACUGUGACAAAUGUGGGUGAGGCCAACUCAUCCUAUGAGGUCACUGUUAAGCCCCCAGAAAGGGUUAAUGUGAAGGUCCAGCCAAAUAAACUUUACUUUUCAGAAGCAAACCAGAAACAGACAUAUUCAGUGUCAUUCAGCCGUAUAGAUUCGGGUAAUGAAACUGUUCAAUAUGCUGAAGGGUUUUUAAAAUGGGUGUCUUACAAUCACACUGUAAGGAGCCCUAUCUUGGUCAACUUUGUAUAAGACAACAACGUUAGCAGGCACCAACAGUACUACAAUGGAACCAGUGUAAUGUUCCAACAAUAAGCUUCAACUUGUAUUAAGUGGCAAACCUAAAUCAUACGACAGUCCUUUUUUUUUCUAGUUUUGUUCCAUGUAUGCAUUGUGAAAUUUAAAACUGAAUCACCAAAAGAUUUUCAAAUCUUCCCUUCAUGUUCAGUCACUAGUGUGCAAAAAUGAAAUAGAAAAGUAACAUCUCUUUUUAUGUAAAAUUCGUCAGCCAACCAAACAAUGAACAACUUUUUUUUUUUGUUUAGGAAUCAAUAACUAACAUGGAGAGCAUGGUGUAAAAUAACCAUGCUUAAUAGAAAAUCCGGACAGGUGCCCGAUUUUUCUUUCAACUGAAACUUCGGAAACGAACUAAUUGAUCAAUUUGUGUAAACCAUUAAUUAUAAAGAUGUUUAUAAUCUCAUGUUAGGUACUAACUACUUACACAUAGUUUUUCUUUGAAAUUCCAAUCAGUAUCUGAGUUAGUAUUAUGGACUUCUGAAUUAAAAGAAAAUCAGUACAAGAAAAGAUAAAGGGCACAACCCUCCCCCAAUCAGAGUAAAGUACUCUAGACUCCAAUUACCAAGACAUUCUCCACAUGACCCUACAUUAUUCUCUCCCGUCCUAUAUAUGACAGAAUCAGUUAUCCUUUCUCUGUUCACAACUAACUCUGCUUCCUUCCCCAUUUCAUGCCUGUGUUACUUUAAGGUUGACCCUGGAUGUUGGGCCUACGGGGUAUAGACCUUAAGAGGCCACUCCAUUGUGUCCAGUUUACUAACAGAUUUCAAGCACAGAUUGAUCAACUCCAUCAACACUUUAGCAAUUGGCCACUAUACAAAAGAUUAUACAGAUACGUGAUUUAUAUUCUGUACUAUACACAUAAAUGCUUUAAAAAAGAAAACCAAAAAUUAAAGAUAUAUUCAUGAUUAACAAACAAAAUUCAAAGUCAAACACAGAUUCACCAUCAAUUUAAGACAUGAUUACCAAUGAGAGCAUCGGAGGUCUUGAACAAAAAUAGCAAGAUGACGAAAUUUUCAGAAAAAACAGAGCGGCAGCAAAACUAUUAUUGAAAUGUGGAACUAUGAAUUGUAAGAACUCGCUACUUAACCUUAACCUUGCAAAAAUGUUUCGAACAAGUUAUGCAUUAGUGGCAGCUAAUCAUAAGUAACCGAAGGCAACUUCACCUCCUAUUUGAAAUGCAAAAUCAGAGGUUAAAGGUUUAAAGAGACAACAAAAUGAAUCCCCAAAAAGAAGAUAGAAACAAAAAUAAAAUCUGGCUGUGCAGGCAACUGUGUUUGAACUAGAAGACAAUCAGAUUCAACAAUAUUUUAGAAAAACAGAAGAGCCAGAACAUGGUUAGCAUAGAAGAUAAGACGACAACAGGAAACGAAAAUGUUGAAAGGCAAAAGAAAGGCUACAAAGGGGUGAGCUUUGCCAUAAAAUAGGUAGGUCAAGCAAAAUUGGGGUGAGUUGGCUACAAUAUGAAGGGGGUGAGUUGUGCCCUGUCCAUUGUGAUUUGGCCAACAAUAAGCUGUCAACGCAGAGACUAUUUGCAUCUUUACACAGAAAAAUGUGACACUACGAGAGCAAUAUCAGAACUAUUCGCUACUAUAUUGAUAACUAACCAUGUAGUUGGCAAAAUCCCUGAUCAAAUGAAUAGAAAGAAUGUUUUAGAAAAAUGUACAAGAUAUUGAUACCAGUUAGUGGUUAGAACACCUCAAUAAAAGAGGAACAUGGGACUAGUGAAAAAUAAAUAGAAACCACAAAGGAAACGCAUUAUUUCUAUGCCUUAAGAAUCUCCAACAAAAACAACAAAAUGAUGAAAAAUGCAUACAAACUGCAAACUAUUGAUUAAAGAGCACCUAUUUUGGUCAAUAGACUUUAAUAAAAUUCAUUGUGAAGGUCCAGCAUUCAUGUCAGAAUAACUUGGUAGCAGUUCCUACUAAAAAUUACAGGUAAUAGUUUGACCUUAAGACUAUCAGAAAAAAUAGUGCAUCCAAUAUUUGAUUGGGAUGUAAAGAGACCUACCUCCAGAUUGACUCUUGUUUUUCGCUGGUUAAUCAUAAU